UUUGGUUUGCUUAGGGAUAACGGGCACAUGUGAUUAUAAGUUGUCCAAACUACACAAAGAUAGUGUGAAUGUCCUCUUCCUUUCAAAAUAAAUGUUAACUAAAGAGGGCCUGUGUUAGAGUGUUGGACUGGGAUCAGCAAGAUCCAGGGCCAAAUCUGCCCUCCACCAUGAAAACCUAGGGCCAGUCACAUGCUUUCAGCCUAACCUACCUAGUUGGGUUGUUGUCAGGAUAAAGUGGAGAAUUAUAUAACCCACUCCGGGUCCCCAUUGGGGAAAAGGUGGUGUUUGAAUGAAGUAAAUAAAUAAACAUUCCCAACUCACUGGAUCCUAAUGAAUUCAGUUUGUCUCAUAGUUCAGUAGAUUUAGGCACAGUUUAACCAAGGAGGUGUGCAAUGUGCAUGGGACAAAUUAAAGUCCAAUUUUAUCCUAAGAAAACCAUAUUUUUGUAACUCUGAUCUACAUUUUUCCUUUAUUAUAUUUGGCUAUUCAGUUAAGAAUUUUGAACGUCUUUAAGAGCUCAAAGUGACACAGAGUGGGGUUCCCAUCCUGAUAAUGAGUUGAGUCCCACAGAGCCCUUCCUGUGGCAUAAGGAACCGUCCCCCAGAGAGAAUCCCCUUUGUGUGGUGGAAAGAUUUCAGAGCUGCUGAGGAGAACCCACAAGGGAAUGGAAGAGAGGAUAAAAUCCCUGCGUCGCCUUCGAUGGGGGCUACAACACAAAGAGACCCGGCAGAAAUUCAUCAGGUUGGAAGGCGGCAUGCGGACACUGGUUGGCCUCUUUACCAGCAAUCUGGCAGAUCUGCAGAUGGAGGCAGCCUGGUGUUUACAUGAAUUAUCGCAUUCGCAAGACCCUGAGAUUGUGGAGGCCUGUUUGCCAGCCACCUCCUACCUUCUUACCUACCUCUCUGGACAUAGCCCAGUCCUCUCAGAGCUUUGUUUGUACACACUGGGGAACUUGGCGGUGGAGACGAAGGUGGUAAAGAAGCAUCUUCUGCCCCAGGGCAUUAUUCCAGUGUUGGCAUCUUGCAUGCAGUCUCCUCACCUGGCGGUGCAGGAAGGCACUGGCUAUGCUCUAUCACAGCUCUUGCAGUCGAAGGAAGCUGCAGAAGAAAUCAUCCCUUUGGUCCUUGAUUCUGGCCUCUCCCAACACAUCCUUCGCUUGGUUUGCUCCAAUCUGGAACAGGGAAUGGGAGUAGCGGUGGAAUUUGCGUGGUGCCUGCACUACAUUAUUUGCAGCCAGGUGAACAAUUUACUGCUGAUCUCCCAAAGGACUCUGCCAACUCUUGUGCAGCUGUUGGUGGCCCUGGCUUCCACGAUGACGCCGUCUUCUGCCGAGGACCUGGAGCUGCUGGUCUGCCCUGUGGUGCGGUGCGUGAGCAACCUCCUUGCCGAAGACGAGAGCCGCGGCGGUGAACUCCAGGCACAAGCUGAGGGCCUCCUGAGAGCCGUGUUUGUCUUCAUCAGGACCUUCCUGCCCGAGCACCUCUUCCUGGUGCUGGAGUGUUUGUGGCUGCUUAAUAACCUCACAGCUGACAAUCCCACGGUGUGUUCUGCUCUGCUCAGCCUGGACCUCUUUCCGUCUCUGCUGCAACUCUUACACAGCCAGAAGGCAAGCGUGCCGGUUCUAACAGUGCUGUGCAACGUUGCGGCCAAGGGGCCUGCCCACUGCCAGGCACUGCAUCAGAAGGCCGGGCUUCCUUCUCUCCUUGGCGGCCUCGCUCUUUCUGAUGACCAAGCAGUGGAUCAAGCUCUGGAACUGGCACACCUCAUCUUGCUACACUGGCCAGAGGCUGCCCUCGACUUUGUGGAUCAGUCUGGACUUCAGACUCUAGAGCGACAUCGAGAUAACCUGCAGUUGCAAGAGAAGGUGGAGGCACUCAUCACCAUGGCCUGCCAGCUGGCGGCUCCCUCUAAGCACUGCCCGCUUGAGGUUUCAGCUGAAAAUCUGUAGACUUUGUUUUUUAAAAAAGUGAACCAGAGACAUGUCACCUGUAUUGCAAGAAAGAACUAACUCUCUCCCUUUGGGAAGGGCAUUAUCGUUCUCCCAAUCCUAUGCCAGGGCUGGCCUUGGUGCUCCCAUCAGGUCGCCCACCUUCCUGACACCUCCCACUGCUCCCAGUGUUGUACACGGACCCUCCAGAACAGGCCCCUGGGCUGACGGCAACUGCAAAAGGUGAACAUAGACCCCCCCCCCCCAUCACUUUCCUGGGCUGCAGAAAAUUGGUCACCAGCUGAUGAUGUCAUUGGCUGGCGUCAAAGACCCAAGCAAGCUAGGGAAGCAAAAGCCUCCACAGGCAACCCAGCAGUCCACAUGUGAUCGCCUAGGGUGGAGAGCUGGCAGUAGCCAACCCAAUAGCUUACCAAUAGCAAUGGCCAGUGAGAGAGAGUGAGGGAGGACAGGUGGGUGGGGAUGGCAACUGAGGUGAGUGGCUCAAGCUGUAGGAGUGGAACUGGGGGUGAAUGGCCGGGGGCAGCCGGGGGGGGGGGGGGGGGCUGCACAACCAAGUAAAAGAGAGGAAAAGGCGCCCCCUCCUAAGUUCAGGAGUGGGCAAUCCUCUAGGAAAGAGUGGGAGGACAUAACCAAAACGCUGUCCCUAGUCCGCGAUUGGGAGGAAAGCUCUAGAGGUGGCAUGGCACAAUGGCUGACGACCAAGGGGCAGGAUCAGUGAGAGAGGAGCCUCACAAAUCACCAAAUAAAUAACCUCUACUA